AUGAUACGAUACUAUCCUACUUUUUAUAUUUUAUUACUUAAGCUUAUAUUUAAAAGUUUAUAUAUAGAAAAUUAUAUUAUUAUUAAACUAAACUAA